CGUUGGAGUUCGAACUUUGUCCUGGGUGAGCAGAGGGACAAAGACAAAGUAAGGAUUGACAUAUAUUUUGGUUUUGUCUCAUUUUGCGCAUUUUUUCAAGAAUAUUUUAGAUUUGGUUACCCCUGGGUCACAGCAAUGGAGAACUAUUCAGACCAGGGUGGUGAAGGGAUAGAACUACUCGAUUUGCUCUUUGAUAAGAAUGACGGCAUCUUACGGCAUGAGACUAUGGGACCACAAAGCGAUCAGCCUUGGCCAGUUCAAGAUCCUCACAUGAUGAUGCCCGCUCAGGGUAACGAAGAGUUCUUCAACGCACUUUUAGGUGGCUAUGACUCUGUUUCUGGAUCUCCAGUUUGGUCGCCCUCUCCCAGCGACAGCGGGAUCAGCGAAGAUCCUCAUUCGGAUCACAUCGACAGUCCGCCGCCAACCGCAAGCCCUCUUCCGGAGCCUCGCAUCGUCACAUCCCAGGCGCAUAUCCACAGCCUCGACACCAACUUCCCUUUUAAUUUCAAUGGCUGGGAGACUGGCUUCUUCCCAGAGAGGGCCGGAGGGAUGCAGCGUGCAUCUGAAACACCGCAGGCACAACCGAAUACUGGAUUCCCCCUAACUGUCAAGGACCUGCUGCUAUCUGGCACACCAGAGCCUGCCACAAAGGCAACCCAGCAGUCCUACCAGGAGCUGGUUCUCACAGAGGAUGAGAAACGACUACUUGCCAAGGAAGGACUGACUCUGCCAAAUCAGUUCCCGCUCACUAAGUACGAGGAAAGGAUUCUGAAGAAAAUCCGCCGAAAGAUCCGCAACAAGCAGUCGGCCCAAGAGAGCAGGAAGAAGAAGAAAGAAUACAUCGACGGCCUGGAGAGCAGGAUGGCGGCAUGCAGCACACACAACCAGGAGCUGCAGAGGAAAGUCUUCCAGCUGGAGAAAUGCAACAUAUCCCUGAUGGAACAACUGCGUCGGCUGCAGGCGAUGGUCAUGAAUGGAUCCAACAAAACGGCCCAGACUGGGACCUGCAUUCUGGUGCUGCUUCUGUCUUUCACCUUGAUUCUGCUGCCCAAUCUGAAGCCCUUCACAGAUACCAAGGUCAGCCAACAUGGAGACUUCAGCCCAUUGAGAGUUCAAUCACGGUCACUGCGCAACCUUCAGUCUUCCCGCGCCCUGGAGCAUCCGUUCUCCGUGUCUGAGGACUCCAAAAUGCUCCCGCGCUUCUCUGAGGAUAAAAGCAUGGCGGAGAUAGCGUCGCUGCUGGGAAGACUUCACAGGAGGCCAGAAUUCACCAAUUACGAUUCUGAGUCUCACAACCACAGUAUAGACCAGCAUGACGACCAUCACCAUGGAGACCCCAUCACUGGGCAUGUAGCGACAGUGACCUUGAAUCCACGACGUGGCUCAAGGCGGAGUCCUCAUGCUGAUGAUAUGUGAAGGGCAGAAGGGGAUUUACCCGGGGAUUUGUCAAAACUCCUUCAACAGCGCUUCUGAAGACGGGGGCCAGCAAACAGAUUGCUGGAAGCUCUUUUCUCUUCUUUCUGCUGAAGUAAUUUAAAAAGAUACAGUACACAGCUGCUUAUUUAUACAUUAUCAAACUUUGGAUAAAAUAACAAGUCCGAUUUUAUCUGUUGAUUUGGAAUGCUUGCCUUUUAAGCUUGCCACAAGCAGAUAGUCUUUCCUUUUUUUGUUUAAAUGCAGCGGGGUCCAAACAAAACUGCGCGUUUCUGUUUAAAACAAGGCACAACUAUUUUUUAACUGACUGCAGAUUAUCUUGCUUGUUUAUUUAGGCUACACACUAAAUAGACUAAACGUGACAUACUGGUAUGGAAUUAUUUUACAAUAUUACCUGUAAAAAAAGAAGUUUCUGCUAUGACAAAAUAGUCCGCUAUACAACUUACAAAACAAUCGGGCUUGCAACGAGACGAAUGCUGAAAUAGUAUUGAUAGCCUAUUAAUACUGCUCUCAGGUAAUUUUCUCUACAAUCGAUAACCGAGAGUCUGAGAUGCAAGAUGGAGGCAGUUGCGUUUGUAUAAAGCGAGUGAAAGUACUGCCGAUUUUAUUUGCCCGGAAGAGUUGCCAUGGGAAAUAUAAAACUCCCUUUAACUAUAAUAUAUUAGUCUAUGCCAAUAUCAGGUUGCUGAAUGACGCGAUCGACCAAUUACAAUAACGUAUUCAGAGCGCGUUGUAAUAAAAUGUACAUAAAAAUAACGUGUGUGUGAAACGUUGAAAUAAAGAAUAAACAAUUACUUUAAUGCAAGCAACGAAAUCUCACCGCAUGGUCAAUUUGAAACGUGAAAUAUUUCACAUUUAUUUCACCUUUGCCCAGAUUUAAGGAAGAGUUCACCCAAAAAUGUAUUUAUUCACCCUUCGAGUAGUUCCAAAUCUGUAUGAAUUUCUUUGUUCUGCCGAACACAAAGGAAGAUAUUUUGAAGAAAGUUUGUCACCA